CUUUUCGUCGCCGUUAUGCUAAUUUUUACAACUGAACGGAUUUUAUGCGAAUUUGAUGUUAAUCACAAUUCGAUGGCCGACCAACCACGUUAGACAAUACAAUUGCACUACGUACACAACAUUUUUUACACACUCAAGAAUGGAACACGAACAGGUUAUCUCUAAAGUGCAGGCGUCCUCGGCGCAGGAUGCGGUAGCAGUAUUGCGCGCGGAAAUUAUUAUGGAACUGCAGAAUAAGCAGAAAUGCUCAUACGGUUCUUACGAAUGUACCCAAUUGUCCAUCGAGGGAUAUAAGUACUGUCUGAAACAUAUUUUAAGUGAUAAGAAUGCUCCGUUUAAACAGUGCACCUACAUUUACCAGAGCAGUGGGAAGAGGUGUCAUUUGCCAGCUCCCAAAGGUGACAAAAAAGAAUAUGGAUAUUGUAGUGAACAUGCCCUAAAAUCUACCCUUUUGAGGAACAGACAGAAUUCAAAGUGUCCGUCUGCUCCCUCUGCAGAACACAUUUUGCAUUCUCUUGCUCAUUAUGUCAAAAGGGCUAGAAGCAAAAAUGUAUCUUCCUCGAGUUUUAUGGACGAAUCCGAAAGAAAUUCUCAGGAUGAAAUUGGAGAACUGAAAGCUACUAAAUGUGUAGACCCGUUCAAAGAUCUCGAUGCGAGCGCCAUACACAACGCCCAGUGUAACGAAGUGCUGGACUUGUGCAGUGAUUCGGAGAGCGAUGUAGAGGCAUCUACUUGCGCGACCGUUUGGCACGAUGCAAACGCCGAUAGUUCUGAUAAUGAAAGCAUAGAUUCUGAAGAGGAGGAUGUCCUAAAACACGCAAACGUGUACACGGCCGAAGAAAUCUCCCUGCUCACCCGCGACAAGUUGGUCCGGUUGCAAUCCUUGUACAUAGAACAGUAUCGAUACUUGCAGUAUCUGCUGAAGGAAAAAAGGAGGAAGUACAUCCACUCCUUAAAGAGGGAAAAGGAAACCUGUUGCAAUAUUUUUAAUCAAGUCCACGACAAUCCGAAAGAGCAGAGACUUUACAAAAAACUGAAACAAUACAACAAAUAUCACCGGACGUACGGAGAGGAGGCAAUACUCAGCAAGAAACUGCACGAUUUACGUGCGAAAAUUUCUGAUGGUUUGACCGUAAAAAGCAGCGGUCAUUCGAAGUGUAUCUUCACCGAAGGCGGGGUGAAAUGUGUGGGCAAAUCGAUACCGAUGGCCAAGCAUUGUCGCAAGCAUAUAUUAGAGGACCAAAGUCAGGUAUUGUUCAAAUCGUGCGGGAAAAUGAACGGAGACGUCGAAUGUACGACGCCGGUCGAGGCAAUAUUCGAUGACAGCACUUGCCACCUUCACAUGGACGUACCGCCCAUAAGGUCGUAUAACCAACCAAGGACUUCCCAAGGAUAUAAAACGUUGAAGGAAUCGGAGUCGGACGCCGACGACACUAUCGAGCUGCCGCCAUAUUACGCGAUGCCAAAAACCGAGAACGUCAAGAGCGAACUGAUCGACUACUCUCUCACUCCGGAACUUCCCAAGAUGGAAACCCUACCUUCUAUAUUGUUCGAGGAGACCACCGAGAGUAUCCCGUCGGAGUUGUCCGAUUUUUCGAAGAACUUCGAAGAGGACAAAACUCUGGACGACGAAGAUUUGGAAAUAAAUGUCACUUCGAGAUCCGUAUCGGAAACGUUCAUGGAUCAGGGAAAGAGCGUUCCGGACGAAUCGAUAAGCGACGAUCGGCAGGUAAAAGGAACUGUUUUAAACGAAAAAGAAGGUAAUAUCGAUGUGGAGGAUCAAAGCGACGAGAAAGACAAUAUAAUUAACGAAAAUAUCGAAGACAUGGAAUUGACUUCGAAUCAAGAUCCCAAAUCGAACGAUGCGACAACUAACGAGGAAAAUAUGAAGGAAAUUUAG